AUGGCCUCCCAGGCCCCUGGUGUCCUCCUUGAGAGCCCCUAUGCACGAGAGGAAUUGUUCUCCGCGAUACUGGGAGUUUUCGCAGAUAUAGACGUGUUUAGUCAUUCGACUUCCCCUAGCAUAUUUAUCGUCUAUGCGCAUGAAAACCCUAAGCUGGAUACGAGAGCCAAUGCCGAAAGCGUCAAGAGACUUAUCGAGUACUUCAGAAGAAUUCGGGCUCGGAUUAUUUCAGACAAGUCCCCGCUACCUCUAUUUGAUGGUCGUGAGGGUGGUUCUGCUGCCACCCGAAAUAUUCUCGAUAACCAAUUUUGCCUGCUCCCAGCACCGAAUGAUUCCAACGGCACCGGCACCGUCAGCGGCGUCGAGAAGGCGGUGGUGUGUAGUUCGAGUCUGCUUAAACGAUACUAUGAAGAUGAUUUCACCUCGUCAUACAUAGGUGCCAUUGAAGCAUCGUAUACUAAGGGACAACCCGCAUCCUCCGUACAACAACGCAAAGAAGGUAUUAGGGAGGUGGUAGAAGAUAGUUGCUCCCAUGAUGCUUUUCAUCAUGUGCUUACUGAACUUGCCUUUCUCAAAAUAAGGUGUUCUCAAAGUCGUAAUACUCGCGACAUUAUUCCCGUUGCGCUCGACCAAAACCCUUUGACGUACCUACCGUUCCUUGACAACUGCGACUUAUUCCUCAAGUUAAAGUCAUCUAAGAAGGUCGAGGGGUAUAAGAGUCAAGACGACGUAAAUGUAAUUAACGGUAUAUAA